ACUACCCACCACUAACCUGUACAGACUGACUACUGACUAUCAAAGGGAUACUCGCCACAUGCUCACACUAAUCUACUAAUAUGUUCAGGAUCUUAAGGAUGAAAACCAUCAGAACAAGAACUCCCUUGCUGUUGGGAGUUCUUCUUGUGGUUGUCUAUCUCUGCAAAAAUUUAUCUGACCACAAAACCAUUCAUCUCCAAGAAGAUGUGAAAAACAAUGGCAGCGAAACAAGGGCACCCUCAAAAAACAGCUCUUAUGUAUACUCCUGGCCUACGUGUGAACAAAAUUUGACUGCUGCCAACAGCUCAGACUUCAGCUCUCUCUCUCGUAUGAUUCAAGACUUUCUCUACUACCGUCACUGUCGCCAUUUCCCCAUGCUACUGGACACACCUGACAAAUGUGGAGGAGCUGAUGAAUCUGCAGACGUCUUCCUUCUGCUGGUCAUUAAAAGCUCUCCUGUGAACUAUGAACGCCGGGAGGUGCUGCGCAAAACCUGGGCUAAAGAGAGGUUAUACAACGGCGUGUGGAUUCGAAGGAUCUUCAUCUCAGGAACGACGGCGAGUGGUUUCCAAAAAGAGAGACUGAACAAACUCCUCAAACUGGAGCAACGUCAGUACAAUGACAUUAUCCAAUGGGACUUUCAAGAAUCACUCUUUAACCUCACCUUGAAGCAGAUACUCUUCCAUGAAUGGAUGGAAAGAAACUGCCCGCACACUCGCUUCCUGCUCAAUGGCGAUGACGACGUCUUUGCCAACACAGACAACAUAGUUGAGUAUCUCCAAGGCCUCAAGGACAAUAAUGGUAGCAAGCACCUCUUUACGGGGCAUCUGAUCACAAAUGCAAGGCCCAUCAGAUCGUCAACGAGCAAGUAUUUUAUUCCGUUUCAGGUGGAUGAUUCAGAUUCAUAUCCUCCCUACUGUGGUGGUGGAGGCUUGAUCAUGUCUGUUUACACAGCUUUGGUCAUAUUCAACAUGUCCCAGUCCAUUCCUAUUAUUCCUAUUGAUGAUGUUUACAUAGGGAUGUGUCUGGCCAAAGCAGGGCUUGCACCUGCUUCUCAUAUGGGCGUGAGGACACUAGGAUGGUACAUUCCCUCCAAAAAACUAGAUAAAUAUGACCCUUGCUAUUUUAAAGAACACCUAGUGGUACACAGACUCCUUCCGGCCGACAUAUAUCUCAUGUGGCAUAAAAUACAUGCACCAGAUCUGAAAUGCAGCAACUCAAUGGAAUGGCUUAAGGAGAACCAAACUGUGAUUUACAGGUGGUAAAAGAGCUUUUCAGCACUUAUUGAAGUUCAUUUGAAGCUGGAGCAGAACUGUAGUACAAAAAAAUUUAAACCAAAUUAAUAUAUAAAUUUUUUGUUUGUUUGUUUUUAUGUUUAUGGUAUAUAAUGAUUAAUUUCACAUUAUACCAUUGCAAACCUAGUUGUAACUAGGGCUGGUAUGGAUCUGCAAUAAGACUUUCCGUCUAACAAAAAGUUAGACAUAAAAUAAACUGAGCACUAGUUUUCUUGGGGGAGGAUGUAAAUGUACCUGCAAUUAGUCCUGCGGCUCCUCAGGGUUUUGGUAUGGUCCUUACGCUACAGCCCAAGUUUGUUAACUCUUUCUCUUAUUUCCCUGUCAGGGCUCAGCCUGACAGCUGCUGUCGGUCAAACACAGACACACCCCUCCAGCUGCCAAAGGGAGCAUUUCUGAUAUUUCCCCAAAGACUUCUUUCUUUCUUUUAAUUAAACAAAUCCAUUGACAAUAAACUUUAAAAACACACUGACAAUACUUUUGACUGCACUAAUGGAUGAGUGUGAUUUCAGCUGGUCUUUAGAGUCUACAGUUAUGCUAGCAGUGAGGUUGUCCUUAGGCACUGCGAUGCUAUGCAAUUAGUGUAUUUGAUUAUCUGACUGCAUCUUUGUGGGGGUCAAUAGCCUAUUUAUAUAUUCAUACAACAUUUGAAACGAAGAUUUGUUUGUUUGGGGCCACCUGACCAAAAUUAACAGCUAUAUAUUUAUUACAAUAUUUAGCUAUGAAAAAUAUUGAAUUAUGCCACUAUUCUAACUCAUUGUACCCUAAAAUAACUCACAAAAGGCCCCCAAAAUGCUUAAGAAAUAUGCAACUCAACUGAAAACUCCUUACAUUCUGUGUACAUCUAGUUCUGAAGAAAACAUUGGACUACUAAAAAACUACUCACAAAAAUAGCAAUUCAAAUAUAAUGCAUUAUCAUUCAUUAAACUAUCCAGCAUUAUAAUAAAAUUAAAAUAUCCAACUUGAACAAACGUGAAAAAAAGUUUUGAGUACUACCACCACAGCCAGUACCAACAUUCCCAGUUCAAGAGAGGGUGAGAGGUAAAGCAUAAGGGCGUUUGCCUGGGGGCCCCCGAAUCACUUAAAACGCCCCUGGUCAAACGUCGUCCAUCCAGUCAGAUUUCACUUAAAAGCCACAACCGUGAACCUUAUGGUGGCACAAGACGGAAAUUCAGAGGGUCAGCAAAGUCAUUGGGAUCCAUCCUCUGAACACCAUGUCUGUACAACAUCAAUCCAAUUGCUGAGCUAUUUCAGUGGUGGACCGACAAUGUCAUCCACAGAGCUGCAAGCAUGGCUAAACUUUCAAGAGAUGCGAUACAAAGCGGAGCCUACGUCUGUGAAGUUAACUACUUGACCAGCAUGACAAGAGAAACACAGAACAAUGAGACUACUUACAUAAUGUUUGGAGGGAUUCCUUCUCUUCUGCACGUCCACAACAUUAACGUCAAGGACCGUCCGGAGCUGCAUCUUGAUAAACCAAGUGGGACUUGCACCAGGAGAUACUCUAAAUGCUACAAGAGAAGAUGCUCACCCAUGAAAACGACAUAGAGCAUCAAAAACCAUGAGGGAAUCGCCUUGAUAGUACUGUGGUGAGAAAAGCAAAGUAGGUGAAAGGGGGGGAAAUAAAAGUCUCUCCGCACUCGAGCUUCGGAGCAUCCAUGAAACGAUGGUGUCAGGCGAUCUCGCAGUUUCUGAGCUCCUUGUGAAACAUGACAACGCAGUAAAAGUAGCGUUUAAUCCCUCUUCUCCUCCCUCAAGAGGGGCCGGCCUCACAGUACGGACAGGAGGGCCGUGCAAAUCAAUAUGUAGGGGGCGGUCCUGCUUCGGCUGGCUGGACACACUGUACGGGACCCUUUGAAGAAGUGAAGUCAGACAGUUCGGGACCUCUUUCUUGCUUCUCAUGUGUAACAUUAUACCGAACUCCUAUAUUGAAAACCACUGAGAGUUUGGAGGAAAGUUUGCAUAGCCUACAUGAUGAAAAGCACAUUUUCCAGAAAGGGGAUGGAAAAGUAUUGCUGCCUUCACAUGUUCCUCCAUCUUAUAGGCUGUACAAAAACUUUUUGGUAGGUAGUUUUUAUUUAUUUAUUUUAUUUUUUAAACUAGAUGCACAACAGUGGAAUUAAAGCACAGUAUUGAGAAUAAUUGAUAUCUGAAGGUUUUUGUACGUAUUUGUGACAAUAAACUCUAAAUCGCCUUUGGA